GCUGGAAAUGUAGCCUUUUCCAGGCUCUGCAAAUCCCAGACCUUUUCUUCAAAGGACACUGCAGUGUGAUCCCAGUGGAGGGCUGGCAGUGAGGCGCAAAGUGGCCCAUCCCUCGGAGCUUUUAUGCUGGAUGAUGUUGGAGUUCACGAUUUGAAUAUUCCCCCCUGAUGUGCGGUUUCACUGAUACCCAAAUGGAGCGUGUUCUUCAUAUAGUCAGGGCAAGUGGAGACUACGGGGUUCCUGAGGUUCUCCUGCCCUGCAGCCUCUCUCUGCAGCUGUGUACAUGCGCCAUGACUCCCCAUGGAGGGUGCAGCUCCACCCUGGCAGGAGCCGCGCCCACAGCUCCCACAGCCCUGCCUGUGCACUGCCUGCAGUGCUCUUUACAACGUGUGUGCAGAGAGCCCAACAAACUUUUGAUGAAUUAAACCAGUGGACUCCACCAGGAGACAAGUCCUGGCUUCCGCUGGAGCAUCUCCACAGGGCCUGCAUCGGUGAAAAGCGGAGGCAAGUGAGUUCUCCUAGGUAGGCCUCCACUUCCUGCCUACUUACACAGUGAUGGUGAGCUGCCAUCAAUAAGAACAGAAGCACAAUUCAAUUUUUAGAACACACAAAAUUAGGUGCCCAUAAAAAACAGAAGCCAAAAAUUAAAAGACAAGUGAAUGAGAAAGAACAAAACAAAACCACAAUAUUGAGAAACUUUAAGGAAGGCUCAAAUUUCCUGGCAAGGGGUCAGAGAGGGGCCAGGGCUGGGCGUGAACCUGGGAAGAGACAGCCAGGCCGGGCUGACCAAGCCGGGUCAGGCCAUGGGUCAUGACCUCCUGGAGACCACAACAGCAUUGGGCUGGGGCAGGUGCCAUGGAUGUGGCCACCGCUGCCUCCUGAUCCCAGCACGUUGUAGGAUAUAUGAAGCAGAAAAUGGUCUACUCUACUCAAACAUUGUCAUGUCACAGACUACUGAUCAGUCUACAAAGUGGGCUACAAGAGUCCAGUGAAUGCUCAGCCUCCAGUGAGGGCCCCAGGGGCGCAGGCAUUGGGCCCUUCCACCCGCAUCUCCUUCCCCAUCUCUGCAUGGCGCCGACAGUUCCUAUAUACUUUACACCUGAUUCUGAUGCCACCAACUCCAGAAGAGACCCUCUGCCCCAUGCUGGUGGCUCUCUGAAGUUUCUGGGCAUCUUCCAACUGCCCCAGGGGGAGCCCUGUGAGUCUCUCAGGCACCCUAGCAGGCUCAGAGCCUACAUCCUUCUCCGCUGUGUCCUUCAUUCAAGGCAGGACCUUGGCACAUGUGUACGGGGCGGACACGGGAGGAGCUGCAAUACUUUCCAACAGCAGACAGCUGUCCUACCGCAGGGUUAUUUUUGCCCAGCUAACUCAGGUGGACCAAGAGGAUAGGAGAGGGUGGGCUAUUAAGAAAACAUUAGUUUAGGUCAAUUCAAAGAGAACUUUUUUUUUUUUUUUCGACGAAGUCUUACUCUGUCGCCCAGGCUGGAGUGCAGUGGUGCGAUGACAUUUUUAAAGCAUGCUGCAAGAUUUUUUUCCCCUGCCUUCUCCCUCUCUCUCUCUCUUUCUACCUAUUAUUUCUUUCUUUUAAUUAUAAAAGGCCAGUAUGCAAGAGAGGACCCGUCAUCAUACAGGUCACCAUCUAUUGGCAGGAAUGCGACGUGCUCUGGCCAGGGUGGCCUCAGUUAAUGGGUCUACCAACUGCUAGUCAGUUGAAAAAUCUCUUCAACUUUCUCACUGGCCCUACAGUGUUUGUCAAAGGCAAAUACUGAACUGGGGCACAGCAGUGUUUUAAGUCGGACAUUUGUGGUAUGGGCAAGAAUGCAAAGUUUCCUCCAAUCCACAAUCCUCAAGUUCUCUGUGUGUGUCUCACCCCCGGCCGGCCGGCCAGCCAAUGUCCCCUGGGUAUCACCAGCCUCUGUGAACAAAACACAGACCCUGCCUUCCAGGGGCUUACAGUUCACAUGGGGGGCCAGCCACGUACAAGCCUGCACAGACUUCACACGCCUGUCACCAUGAGGAGUCUCACUGUGCCCUGACCUGGCCGGCUGGGGACACAGCUAAUCAGGAAUAAGAACAGAAGCAGACACAGCGAACACGGGAAGCCGUGGCGCGGAGGUGGCUUCGGCCGAGCCUGGUUUUCUGCCCCCUCCAGGGUCUCCUGCAAUUCCACGUGACAGCUUGAGGUAGAGCCGGGGAGAGAAUUCAACACUGGCUCCUCUGCCCACGCCAACACCUCCCACCUCGUCAGGAGGGGUAGCCUGUCCAGACGGGGCUCCACUGCACAUCCAGCCUUGACUAGGAGGCUCUGUUUCCCCCAGGUGGGCCUGAAAGGCGCCUGCAUCCUACAGGAUGAGGGAGGGAGAGGGGGCCCCAGCCACUUCCUCCCAGGAUCCUCGCCCAACACCCCCAGCUCUGUGCUGUUGCCCACGUGGCCUCUCCCCCGUGGCUCCCAUCACACUGCAAACGUACAAUUCUGUGUGACGAUUCCACGCCUGGGCUCGCGCCUGGCCCAGUCCCCAGAAUACAGUGGAGCUUGAUACGUUGAGUGAAUCAGUGGAUGCGCCAUGCUCUGGGAUAGCGCCGGAGAAACGGUCCCGGCCUGCCACAGGGUCUUGGUAGAAGAGUGCAGAACACUACAAAAGCAGUAACCGGCAGACUGAAUGUGGCGGGCAGGGGAGCAUCCAGGAAGGGCCCCCUGAGGACAGGAGAUAUAAGCUAAGUUGAGGUUUAACAAAUGGAUUAGCCAGGCAAAACGUGGGUUGGGGAGCUGGGGAAAGAAGGUUUUCAGGCACAGGGAAGUGGGGAAGAGGCUUUGCAGUGCUCAGGAGCUCAGAGAGGCACUGUGGAUAGCAGAGGAGCAGGGGAACAGGUGCUGGGACUCUGUGCGUCUGCAGCAGGGAGCGGCAACGGUGGGCAACCUCAGAAGCCCUUCCGCACAUUCAUUCAACAAAUACCUGCUGGGCACCCACAGUGUGCCAGGCACCAUGCCAGGACUUACAGGCCACUCUAAGACUGUGGCUCUGGCUCCUAGAAGCAGGGGAUCACCCCAACAGCUGUGGGCUGCCCAGGCCAGAGGAAAAGGAGAGACCAGCCAUGAGGCUUCAAAAUCUAGAAUUAACAGCAACCAGCAUCUGAUAGGAUGUGGGCAGGGAGAGAGAGACGUUCACGAAUGGCCUGGGUGUCAGGCCUUACAGCUGGGAGGCCGGAAACCAUGCUCAUCCCAGACCCAGGGAGGGGAUAGACCACAGUGGUGAAGGGAAGGAGAGUGCCCUUUGGGAUGUUAAAAGUCCACAUGGCUCGGAGCCCAGAGCCCUCAUCGGGCGGGCGAGGCCAGGCAGUGAGGCGUUUACAUCAACUGGCACCAACCACUAACAAAACAGGCAAACACCAGCCAAGCCCCAGUGGAUGAGAACUUUGAGCGCCCAAGGACUGGGAAAUAAAACCACUGAACCAAGCUUAUUAUGAAAUCAAUCUCUGCGAAAAUGGGACAGGCUAGGUGUUUAACAAAGUAUCGCUUGCUCUCAUUUUUUUCUGAACAGCUGGCAGCGAUUAUAUUAAGUUUCCAUUUCAAAUGCAUUUCCUGCCAGUUACACAUUUGUCUCCUCCCCUUCUGUACAACAUGGGAAAUAACACGGGAGAAGCGCAGGUCUAGGAAGAGAGAGGGUACAACAGCCAGGUAGGACAUGUGUGAGUGUGCGUACACCAGGGCUGCAAGCAUCUUCACUCACUGCCGAAAGCAAAACCCCACGUGCAGUCUAAUUUGAGGGCUCCACCUAAUUACCAAACGUCACACUUCUAAAGAGAGUGGAGGCCGCAUAAAGCUCAAGCUGGCAGGAUCCUUAAAUACUCUCCCUUCUCAGGCACUAAAAGGAGGCAUCAGCUGCAUGUCUGGGCUUUGAGAGAGUCAUACCGUAAGAGCAGGCACACUGAUGCUUUUGGAAGAGAUUAUGAAUCACACCCUGCCUUGGAACAGUGCACAGAGGGACCCUGAACAGGCCAUGAAGCCACAAUGCAAUGCAGUUCACUUUUCAACCUUUGUAGUUUAAGUGGAAAACCUAAUGCUUCUGACAAAACUGCCUGAUUUAAAUGUUCUCACUUGAAAAAAAAUAAUAAUGAUUUAAAAAGGAAAUAAGACUCCCAUUUAUUUGCAAAGCACAGUACGGGCUGCUGGGUGCGCCUUGUGCCGGAGCACCUGGGAGCCAGCCCUGGACUGCGCAGCCACCUGCGGGCGGAGAGGGGAGGGGCCAGGUGUCCUCGGCCUCUGACGUGGUUUCCACCCUGCGCCCUUUCCUGAAGACACACAUCCUAGAGCCCAGAGAACUCGAGGGCUGGAGGGUUUAAGGCAAGGCUGGAUUUCAUUUCUAUGUUGAAAUUCUUAAGAACAGAACAGUGUGCCGGGCGUAGUGGCUCACACCUGUAAUCCCAGCACUUUGGGAGGCUGAGGCAGGCAGAUCACGAGGUCAGGAGAUCGAGACCAUCCUAGCUAACACGGUGAAACCCCGUCUCUACUAAAAAUACAAAAAAAUUAGCCGGGCGUGGUGGCGGGCGCCUGUAGUCCCAGCUACUCCGGAGGCUGAGGCAGGAGAAUGGCGUGAACCCGGGAGGCGGAGCUUGCAGUGAGCCGAGAUUGCGUCACUGCACUCCAGCCUGGGCGACAUAGCGAGACUCCCGUCAAAAAAAAAAAAAAAAAGAACAGAACAGUUGGCCUCUCGCAGUGGCUCAGGCCUGUAAUCCCAGCACUUUGGGAGGCCAAGGUGGGCGGAUUAUUUGAGGUCAGGAGUUCGAGACCAGCCUGACCAACAUGGUGAAACCCCAUCUCUACUAAAAAUACAAAAAUUAGCCAGGUGUGGUGGUGCCUGCCUGUAAUCCCAGCUACUCAGGAGGCUGAGGCAGGAGGAUCCCUUGAGCCCAUGAGGCGGAGGUUGCAGUGAACUGAGAUCGCGCCACUGCACUCCAGCCUGGGUGACAGAGCGAGACUCCGUCUCAAAAAACAAACAAACAAAAAAAAAACCCACAACAGAACAGUGGUCCUCAGCUUUACAAACAUCUCCCUCAGCGGCGGCCAAAGAAGAUGCAUCACAGCAGCCCAGGCCAGCUAGGGGCGUGUCUGCUGGAGGAGGCGUGGCCGCCGUGUGUCCACCCAGAACUGAUAGGGCGUGGCCACUGGAAGAGGCUUGGGCGAUACGGGUCCACCCGCGCCUGCUAAGGGCGUGGCCAUUGGAAGAGGCGUGGCCACUACGAGUCCACUUUGGCCCCGGAGAGUAACGGGACGGCGGAGGGGUCAGUUCCCGCCUUGCUCGUAACAGGGGGCGAAAACCGGCCCCCAGCCCGACGCCGGACCCUGGCCUCCUGGGCCCACCGACAGCCUCCACUAAGGCCCGCUCCCGGACGCGACGUGGGGGACAGCCGAGGCCACUUCCCGGGCAGGCCACCCCAACCCAAAGCGGCACGUCGCGGGGCAGCACAGCCUGCGACAAGCGCGCAAAGCUCCCCAGCGGGGCAGCAGCAAGGGCAGGCCUGGGAGUCCCUCGCGCUGCUCAAGGCCGCUAACCGGCGCUCAGAAACCAGCGCUCUGCGGCACUGGAGAAAGCACUUCCGGCCCUCCUGCAGGCUCUUAACCAGGGGCCGCAAGGGGAGGCGCCCCUCACGGACGCCCUGCCCGCCCCUCUCAAACAUGGCGGCCACAGGCGCACCAAGAGAAGCGCCCCUUACAAACAUGGCCAUCUGCCCUUCUCAAACAUGGUGGCCAAAGAGGCUUCAAGGGAAGCGCCCCUCAAGAACAUGGUUGCUCGCCCCUCAAGAAUAUAGUUGCCCACCCCGCUCAAACAUGGCGGCCACAGGUGCACCAAGGGAAGAGCCGUUCAUGGCCAUGACGAACAUGGCCGUCUACCCCUUUCAAAUAUGGCGAACACAGUAGCUACAAAAAAAGCACCCCCCGCAAACAUAACCUCUCAGGCCUGCCACGGGCAUGGGAAACAUAGCGACUACAGGGGUGCCAAGGGACGCGCCCUCACGAACAUAACCUGCCACAGGCCGACUUCCUGCUCCAGUGUCCCACCACUGGCCCAAGGCCUGUGAGCUUCGCCCGCCACUUACGUAAGAGCCAACACUGUGGGGUCACAUGACGAGGGCGCUGCACUGUGAUUGGCUGUGCUGACGUCGGACGCCGCCGCGGCGCGCUCUGCAGACUGCGGGUCGCCGCUCCGCCGGGACGCGUUGGGCCGGGGCGCGCGGUGCUUUGCUGCGGUGCUCACACUCAUGAGGAGCCGGAAGCUCACAGGUGCAGUGCGGUCUUCGGCGCGCUUGAAAGCACGAAGUUGUUCGGCAGCCAGGUUGGCCUCUGCCCAGGAAGUCGGUGGUUCCACAUCUGCCAAGACAGCAUGUCUGACUUCCUCAUCCCACAAAGCCACAGACAGGCGAAUGUCCAAGAAGUUCAAAUGUGACAAAGGACAUCUUAUGAAGUCAGAAUUACAGAAGCUUGUCCCUAAGAAUGACAGCGCUUCUUUGCCAAAAGUGACACCUGAGACCCCUUGUGAAAAUGAGUUUGCUGAAGGCAGUGCCUUGCUUCCAGGCAGCGAGGCUGGCGUUUCUGUGCAGCAGAGGGCUGCAAGUCUUCCCCUCGGUGGCUGCAGAGUUGUGAGUGACUCUCGCUUAGCAAAGACUAAAGAUGGCCUGUCUGUGCCGAAACACAGUGCCGGGUCCGGAGCAGAAGAAUCCAACAGCAGCUCCACUGUGCAGAAGCAGAACGAGCCAGGGCUAGAGAUAGAGGAUGUGCAGAAGCCACCACUUCAGAUGGACAACAGCAUCUUUCUAGAUGACGACAGCAAUCAGCCAAUGCCCGUGAGCCGGUUCUUUGGAAACGUUGAGCUCAUGCAGGACCUCCCACCUGCAUCUUCAUCUUGUCCUUCAAUGAGCAGACGAGAGUUCAGAAAAAUGCAUUUCAGAGCCAAAGAUGAUGAUGAUGACGAUGAUGAUGAUGAUGCAGAAAUGUAGAGGCCAUACAAAAUCAUGUCUUUGAGUAUUUAGUACCAUUAACAAUUUGACAACUUAGUACAUUACAAGAUUUAUAUAAAAUAUAUCUCCAAGAGAAUGUCUUAAUCAAACUUCAGAACUGACCCAUCUAAGUCAAUAGUGCAAAGCACCCAAUACCUUUGGAGGAUGUACUCAUGGGAACUAAAACUCAAACCGUCUUUGAGGUUGCAAAGCUGCUGUACUGUGCCAAUGUCCUUUCUUUUUUUUUUUUUCCCCCCUUGGAGACAGAGUUUCUCUCUUGUCACCCAGGCUGGAGUGCAAUGGCGCAGUCUCGGCUCACUGCAACCUCCACCUCCUGGGUUCAAGUGAUUCUCCUGCCUCAGCCUCCUGAGUAGCUGGGAUUACAGGCGUGUGCCACCACGCCCAGCUAGUUUUUGUAUUAUUAGUAGACACGGGGGUUUCUCCAUGUUGGCCAGGCUGGUCUCAAACUCCUGACCUCUUGAUCCGCCCGCCUAAGCCUCCCAAAGUGCUGGGAUUACAGGCGUGAGCCACCGCGCCCGGCCAGUGUCCUUUCUUAUACACGUACAUACAUGACGAUGGCUUGAAUCAGCUGCAGGGCAGUGGGCUUAAUGAGAGGGAUCUUUGUAAAGACAGCUCUUCACUUCAGCUCAAUGGCUUUGGUCAUAGGCAAGUUUGUUUUCCAUUAUCAUAAUUUGAUCAUUCUUGUGAUGAAUUCAAUGCUAGUUCUUAAAGAACUCUUUUAUUUCUGUAUGCGGAAAAAAUGUUUACCUCGGAAAUUUUGCAAAAUACAUGUAAGAAAGAAAUAAAAUAUAUUUUGAAAAUA